CGUCCAGAUCUCCCUCCUAAGCCUAUUUGAUUCUCUGCCAAACUUUCUGCAAUAAAAAGUCUUCAGGCUCUCUGAGCAGAGAGGGAAAAAGCAAGCAGACAAGUCACAACAAGAUCACAAGGUACUGCAAUUAAAAUAGUCUGAAAGCUCUGUUUUGGAUUUGGCUAUCGAAAGAAGAUAUGCUCCCACACAUUCUAAUCUAUUAAACCAGCUCUACUCACACUGCCUCAUCCUUCAAAUGCGGUCACCCAGUAUUGCUUAAUCGCUGUGUGUGUCUGUAUAAAUUGAAUUCAAAUGUUACUUCACUAACCAUUACCAAGUGCUGACUGCGGGGAAUCACAUCAUCUGAGACCAACCUUUCACAUUUACAAUCUAAAGGCCUGAAAAAUGGAGCCUAAAAUGAAGUAUCCGAGCUCUAAAACUUCUGCAGCAAAACGGAACAGGAAAGAUGAAAAAGCCCUGAUAAAAUCUUGCAAACUGAGAAAAUCCCAAAAGAAGGCGGAAGAAAUUUGCCACAAGUCCUACAUGACACUGCGCUCUGGCCUUAUCAUAGAAAAGAAAACCUGCUACUUUAGGAGAGAAAUCACCAAAACAUGUACACUAAAAACAGGUGGAAAGCACACCAAAAAAUGCAAGCUAGUUGCUGCCUAUAAACAGCCUUCUCUGAUCAACUCUUUCUUUGAAACACGUGCCAUCAAAGAACCUGUUGCAGCACUAAAUACAUCAAGUUUUGCAGAAUCUUGUGCUUCCCUAAGUACAUACAACGAUCAAUACAUUAGUUUCGUUUAUGAGAAUGGAGGUUAUGUGAUCAAUGUUGAAGACUCGGGAAAAGAUCAAGAAAAAGACAAGGUACGAUUGCGUUACUAUGAGUCUCAGUACCCCUCAAGUGAAUCAGGUGAUGGUGUUGACGGUGGUAAGCUGUUAAUGGUAAAUCUGAGUCCCACGAAAGACACAGACGUCUGCUUACAUGCAAACAAGAACAAGCACUCUGUCGAGCUCCAAAAAUGUGAAACCACAUUGCCAGACCAGGCCUUCUUUGUCCUUCAUAAAGAGUCCUCUGAAUUCGUUUCAUUCGAGUGUAAGAGUAAUCGUGGAACAUACAUAGGAGUGAAAGACAAUCAGCUUGCUCUAAUAGAAGGAAAGAACCCAAGUAGUGAGAAUAUCAUGUUUAGGCUCUCUGAGAUUUAAUGCGACAGAAAGCUGUGGAUGCUGGUAUGAGCAAUUCAAGUGUUAUCGUUGGAACAGGGAUAAGAACACUGUUUUAUAAAACAAUGUUUUGCGGGGCUGGAAAUAUAGCUCAGUGGCACAGUGCCUGCCUGGCAAGCACAAGGUCAUGAGUUCAAUUCCCGGUACCAAAA